AUGAGCCCUGAUUAUCUGGGUUUGAAGGCGACAGGAUGGAGUCAUAUGACCAACACCUGGUGGGAGAAGGUGUUGGCCAUUGCUCUCCUGGCCACAAUCGUUAUUGGUUCUUGUUAUAUCAUUUUUCAAAUUAGCCGGGCGAUUUACCGGCAUUGGCGCGCUCGACAUGAACUCUCUGAAGUCCCAUCUGCUGUUACAAAGUAUAUUGAAAAACUUAAGACAGAAACACCAAAGAUCUAUACACCAGCAGAAAAGAAGACCCCUAAAUCUUUCGGUGUUUACCUUGGAAGUUUCUCCACCCCGCCAACUGCCGAUCAAUCACGGCUUUUAUCGCAAUGGGAUGUCACCGUCCUUGACCCGCUGCAGACCGGUGUUCUUGAUGCACUUGCUGAAGGUUGCUCUGCUGAUCACAUUCUUGCUCGUCUGGAUGUUCGCAAGCUCGUCGCUACAGAGAGUGGCUCCCGCGAUGAAGUGAUCCGUGCUAUUCACGUUCUCAACGAAACCCUGAAUAACCUUAAGCGUCCUCAGGAUGUCCAGGCUCAAUUCAGUGGUGUACUACUCGCAGACUGUCACGCUCAUCUCCAACCCGUUGUCUUGAACGAGGUGGUGAAAUUCAUCAAUGGUCUCGGUUUGGACGUGUGGAUGGAAUUCGGCCCCACCGAGUUCCUCGGCGAACGCCAAUGCCGCGAAAUCGACUGGACUCCGAUCCGAGGUGUUGUUUACCGCAAUGGAACCAUCCGAACAGAUGGCGAUCGCUGCAAUUAUUUCCAUAUGGAAAAGAUGCGCACUGUUAUGCGUAUUGUUGCCGCCCAGAAACCCAUCGGUGAUUCUACGCUCGCCAUGUGGGAUACCGUGGACGAUGGUGUUCAGCUUAGACAUGAUGUUCUCCACCGCAGUUUCAAGUGGUGUAAUUACAACAGUGCUAUGAGCUGGAUUGCUCCCAAGGCUGCUUUGACCGAUGCGACCAUUGCCGCUACUACGACCGUUACCCAUGAGCCAAUCGGUGCUUUGAUGUGGAUGAAGAACGAGCAAACUCUUGAAGCGCACGAUAUUUGGCGACAGAAUGAGGAUAUUGCUACUUCGCCCGCUGGAAAUGACGAUAUCUACGACACCCUGGAAUCUUUUGUCCCUGAAUUGAAGACAAAACUCGCUUUGUUCGCUCCUCGUCCUAAGUCCGUUGCCAGCGAUCAGCUGGUUACGAUUGAUGAGCUGCAAUUGGCUGCCCCGAAUGAACCUCACAUGACCAACCCCUUCUCCAUCUCUCCUGAUGGCGAGGAUUACACUGGUUUGGGAUGUUUCCAGAUGGGUCUGGAUCUCACCGCAAAGGAUAUCAAAGAUCUUCUCCAGGCCCAGCGCCAGGUCCGUGAUCUCAAGCUACUGGCUCCUAUCAAGCCGGCGGCUCUUCGCGACAUUGCUGCCGAGCUUCGUGUACUCCAAGACUUUGGUGGAGAUGGAUCGCAAGCCGCUGGCGAGUUGAAAGAUCUUCUCGUCACCUCUGAUGGUACUGAGAACGACCGCAUUCGCCUUUACGUUGGUUUGCACUCUGGUUUCCGCACUCGCAUGGAGACUCAGGUUUGGGGCAUGUAUGAUAAAACCCCUGGCUUCGGUCCACUCGACAUCUACCUCUCUGGUAAGUGUGAAGAGGGCCGUACUGGUGCUAUCCUGCACACCUACAUGUCUAGCCGAGGAUUCUCUCGUUUCCAAUGCUUCAUGGCUGAGAUUGCUCUGGCCACUGCCAAUGGUGCUCUCUCCAACAAGUGGCCCAAUCUUUCUCCUCGCAUCGCUAGUGAUAUCCAGCAGCUCUCUCCUACUGAGGCUUUGCUUUGGUUGAGACGUCUGUCAACUACACUGAGCAAGGACUGUGCGCACUUGACCGCCAAUGUCCGCGCCUGCACUGAACACCAGCUUAUCAAGGUUCCAUCGCUUGCUCAGCUUCGUGCUCUGGGUUCUAGUGAAUACCUGAGUGGAAGAGCAUCCGCCGAGGACUUGGUUGCCGCUCGUCUCGCUUACUACCAGGACCAGGGCUGUUGGACUCCGGAUGCCAAUGCUGCCAAGGAUCUUUUCUUGGAGAUCAACACUCGCCUGCCGGAAGUCUUGAUGGGACGCGACUCCCGCACGCUUGAGCUCCUCGCUGAUGUCAUGCAGCGAAUUAUCCAGAAGGGUCAAAUCGACGCUGGUGUGGAUAUCCUCGCAACUGCCGUUUUCUGUGCUUUCCGUCGCAUCUCCCUCGACGAGAUCUACCUCGAGGUCCUCGACCGUAAUCCUCUGCCAAACAUUCACACUGUCCAAGCUUCCUGUUUUGCUGAGAUGUACGCCCUUGGUGCUCGUUGCGAGAUGUUCCUCGACAUGACCCCAAUGAAGCUGGGCAAGAUCAUCUCCGCUCGUUACCGCGAAUACUGCAAGUCUCACCAGCCUACUCGACGUGGUGAGAUCUUUACUGAGAUCCCGACCGCCUACGCUUCUAUGGAUAUGGACUUGAACCCUGAAGGUGACAAGAUCUCUGCUCCCUGGUACUAUCGUAUUACCUUCCUCGGUAUCUUCGCUCUUCCCGCGCUUAUUGAUAUUACCAUGUUGACGACAGUCGGUCGUGGUCUGUACCUGACUACCUUUAUGAGUGACAUCGACAAGACAUUGGCUACCACCGCUCUCAUGGUUGCACUUCUGAUCUGUGGUGGAUUCGGCAGCUGGAUUACUUCCGGUGGAACAUACUACCUGUAUGCAAUGGCUUUCCCAGCCAUGGGCAUGUUCAUCAUGACUCGCUUGAUCGCUGGUCUUGCCGUCGUCUUCGUCGGUGGCAUCAUUGCCAUGAUCGUCCUUGGCUGCAUUCACGGAUUUGCAGCAGGUGUUCUUUUCUUCCUCUACUUCCUCUUCCUGUCAACCUACCUCAUGCUCCUGUCGGUUCUGUCAAUCUACCAGCUCCCUGGUUUCCAUUUCCAGUCCGGCCGUACAGUCAUUAUCUGCUGUGUGCCGAUCCUGUUCAUUUCUCCCCUCAUUACCUUAUGGGUGGGUCAUGACUCGGUCAUCUACCUGUGUGUUGUUGGUUGUUUCGUCACAGCCCUCCUCCUAGGCGCACGCCGUAUCAUCUCCCAGUGGAACAGUUGGUACCUGAGCAUUCCCACAACCACCGACGGAGAGGUUUUCGACUGGUACGUCAAGAGUCUGCACUCUCCCAGCCCGGCUUUGCUUAAGGAAAUCUCCUCCACACCCGUUGCUCGCCAGGCCCUGGUAGAGAUGGUGGACAAGGAGCGCAAGCGUUCAUUCUGGACAAAGGCAACAACCGAUCCCUUCGUUCGCAAGAUGGCAGAGGGCUACGACUCCGCGCUGUUCCUGCUUGUCUGGUACUGUCGCUACUCGCGUACUCAAAUCCCCCUUGCUUUCAGUCCCACGUGGAACUUGCAGAUGAAGGCUGCUGUGGAUACUAUGGCGGAUAUGCAAAAGGGUAUUCGAAUGCACAAUGCUUUCCUUCACUGGCGCAACACUGGUGCGGAUGUCUGGUGCGGUAUUCUCUACUUCGUCAUCGCCUUGAUUGACAAGUGGACUGCUCUGCUUACUGGCGAAGCUCUUGUGGGUCUUUCUACCGCAUCGAGCUCCGAAUACCGCCUAUCCGUUGGAUUUGGCUUGGGAUACUAUCUGACCGGUGCUGUUAUGCUUGACGCAGUCUCUCAGCCACUGUGGACUGCCGUGACUCAGCGAACUCAGGACCCGAUCUCCUCCUUGGACAGCUUGCGCGAGGUUCUUGCCACCAACCAAAAGGACAGAGAGAGACUCUACUGGACCAACCUUACCAAGUUCUUCUUCCUCCACAUCUGGGGUGCAUCGAUCACUCUGGCCCUAAUGUGGGCCUUUGAGGACAAGCGGGAGUCCACUAUCAUGUACCUUGCUUACCUUGGUGCUUACAGUGGUCUUCUGUUCUACCAGUUCAAUCGUAUCUUCACUGGUUCCGAGGCCGCUCGCUGUCUUGCUCUUGGAUCAAUUGUUGGUUUCCUCACUGGUCUCAUCCUGCAUGUAACUCUGCCUCCAUUCACGUGGAGUAGUGUCAUCGGUCUUGGUUCUGGUACAUGGACGGCUGCUAUCUACUCGAUGUUCAUGGCAAACAUUGGUCUGCCUAGCUUCAAAGAGUCCGAGGUUCCUGAGCCCGUUAAGGUUGCACAACCGGCAACCUACACUUGUAGUUCUCUAGAACCUUACCUGGAUAUCUCUCAGACCACGAUGGCACAGACUUUUGAGAAUAUCAGCUCUCUGGAUGACGAGUUCCGCUACCGUUUGGAUGCCUCAACUCACCCUGGAUCUGAGGUCAAGAAGAAUAUUCUGUCCGGUGCCGGGUGGCGCAGCUCCCUCAUGGUCCAAGCUGCUUUCCCCGACGCCGAGCGCCUUGUCAGUCAAGUUGUGCGUCUUUGGGAAACCGGCCAAACAAUUGUUGAGUUUGUCUCUUCUGAGCAUCUUCUUCAAAAGGAACAGAGAAUCCGUGCUAUCACUCGGCUGGUUGGUGACCAGCUUCGCAUUUUUGUCGUUGUUGGCCCCGGUCUUGGAACGCAGGACUGGACUAGCAACAUCCGCCGUAACUGCCAGGCUAUCUCUGAGGCUGUUGUCCAAUCCACUCUUGAAGCUAGGUUAGGUCUUUCUCACGACCACUCGAUGAUGUCUGAACUGUUGGUCAUCGAGCACCGCGAUCCCUAUGAGCUGUCCAUUCCUGAAGGUGUUAAGUACCAGCUUGAGCGAAACCCGACUGAGUGUGCGCGUGUCGCGACCCAUGGACGUGUCACUUUCCUCCGCCAUCUUCUUUUCGGUAUUGAUGCUGACCUCGAGUGGGACAGCCUCCCUGAAGCUGCCCGGUCGCUUCUGGUUCGCCGUUGCUCUGGACGUCCUGGUCAUACUGUCGUGGAUGAACUCAACUGGCUUCAGGCUAGAGCUAAUGCCGAGGACCUCCAGGGUGUUUGCACAUAUAUCGCUCGCUACAACCUCGGUGUUAGCAUGUCGCUUUCUGUUAACUUCUUCGCCCAGCGCUGGAUGGAGCACGAUACUUACCCGGAUUACCCCAUGCUCAUGGAUAAGACCUACGAGAAGCCUAUGGAGAGUCUCCUGCCUCCUCCUAUUGGAGCCAAUCUAUCCUUCACUGAGCUCAUGAAGCUUGCCUACACCCGCAUGGGGCACAAGAUAAACACAGUGAUCAAGUUUACAUUAAUUUGCUUAGUUGCCGAUCCUGAGUACCAGCGAGAGCUCAACUACGUGCUUCGCGGACAGCCAAUCAUCUUUGCUUACCCGAUUAGCUUCCUCCUGAACACUAUUUGGUCCUUCUGCAAGCUGCUUCAGAGAAUCAUUAUUCCUCUUGUCCUAGUCCACGGCCGCAAGAAUUUCUCUGAACUAUACAAAGCCACCGGCGGUUGGAAGACCACUAUCGAGAAAGACCGCAUCGUUAUUGAGAGUCUCUCUGGACCCAUGACCUGUUUCUAUCGGCCUUUGCCCGAUCGUACCGCACGUCUUUACCAGUACUCUGGUAACCACGCCCAGGAACCUGAGGACCAUUCACAACUCGUUGCUAUCAAUACCUACUCUGACAAGGUUAUCCUGCGCCGUCGCGAGGAGUACAAGAACAAGGAGGUCAUCAAUGACUUUACAUAUGAGUACCCCGAAGCUGGUGGCAAGAAGCUUCCCAUCCAGCGUCAAUGCGCCUCCGGCGAGAACAGCGGUCAAGUCAUCCAGUACGAUGAACGCGGUUAUAUCGUCUCUGGUUCUGCUAUGCAAGGUGUCAACCCCGUUCAAUUCCAAUACGAGUACCGAAAGGACGCCAAGUUCGAUGAUGAGCUCCUCAGUGGUGAAUACACAUUCCCUCACAUACGGAUUAAGGUCUCCUGGUGCAUGCCUCCUCCCAACAGGCCCGAGCGCCUGAACAAGUGGAUCCCCUACCCUCGUGUCAGUGAAGCCACUUUCAUCCAAGGAUCUGACGUCCACUACGCCAGAUGGACCUAUGACCACAAGUUCCACCCGACCAUCGUUACCACUCUCAAUGGAGAAGAAGUUCCGACUCCGAUCAUGAUCCGGGAGGAUUGGUUCCACGUCUUGGAUAAGCCCACCAAGAGCAGUUUCCUCCACGACAACCCACUGUUCUUCUUCAAGUCAUUCGAGUCAAACUUCAUCACUCGUCUGUUGCGCUUGAACGUCCAAUCUCGUCCUAUCCCCACAUCCCGCUCUCGCACGCACUUGUGGAAGUCCUGGAAGAAUAGUAAGAAAUUUGACGCCGUGACUACCGUUUGGCUUGAUGAAGUCCUUCUCCGAUCUGAUCGUGUCCUUGGUCCCUACUGGCGCAACCGUGACUUUGGUCGCCUCGAGGCUGCUGGAGACUACAUUGACGCACAGGCCGAUACCAUCCUCGCUCGUGUGGAUAUUGAUCCCGACAUCAGCUCAUGGACUCCUAUGGCAUUCAAAAUCAGCGAUCUUUCCAGCUUCGGACAAGGUGGUGAUUCCAGAAUUAAUACUCGUACGCUCUCAACUCAACUCCAGGAUACGGACACUCAACUCCACGUUCUCGCCAUGGAUACCGCUACUUGGCCCAAUGAACCGGGUGGUGUUUCUGCUUGUCGUCGCGACAUGAUCAACGAUCUCAAUGGUAUCAGGUGGCACAUUCUGUCCGAGAAUGCCAAUGAUUACGGUGUGCCGAAGUUCCAGAUCGAGAGGAAUGUUCAGUCUUUGACUAUUCUUCCUCAAUGGGGUCUGGAUUUCCUUAACCCCACUCAUGGUGUUUUCCAGAACUGCCUUGAUUCCGCUGUCGUUGAACGGGCGCAGGAUACUCGGGUUAAUGAUAUUGAGAAGCACUUUGUUCCUAUUCUGACCAAGUUGGUUCGUUGUGCUCGCACGAUUCACUUGACUCGUCGGCAUAUCGAGGAGGCUACCAAUGCCCUUGUGGAUUUGAAUAGCUACUUUGAGAACGGUCGUAGCUGGAAUGAUGUUUGGAUGAGCACUACUGUGAAAAGGGUUUGGCGCCAGCUUUGGCUGUCUGAUGAUGUUGAGGAUGCAGUUCCCGCUUCCCAAUGGUGGGAUGCCGAGAAGCCGUCCCUGCAGCAGCUUGAUAACGCUCUUGACAUGUGGCAUCGCUACUUGUUCAUCUUCUCCAUUCCGGUUCCGGAGAGAAUCCCCGACGUUUUCCAGGUCUCUCACCACUUCACAGGUGCUACCUAUGGUGUGCUGUGCAAGGCUAAGCGCAAGUGUGCCCUCCAUGUCUGGGAUCACUGCGUCAGUUUCCGUGAGAUGACCGUCUUCUGCUCCGCUGCCGUGUCUUUCGAUUCCACUUUCGUCAACAGCACUCUCAUUUCUCUCGGUCACUUGUCAUGUGUUCUUGUCGAACACCACGCCGAUGUGGUCCUCCCUUGUGCCGAGUACUUCAAUCCUGGAUGGGAAGUUGAGCUUGGAACUGCCGAGGGUGCCCUCCAGCACCGUCGCACUUUCGCCCGCAAGAUCGACCCUGUUGUCAAUGGUAUCACGAACAUGGAGAAGUACAAGCCUAUCGAGAAGAUCAAGACCAAGACACCUACUUGUGUCAUGUUGUCCCACGUUCGCUACGUCAAAGAUAUCAAGACUGCCAUCAUGGCUACGGAUCUGAUAGUCAACAAGUGGGGAAUCAGGGACUACCAGCUCCACAUCUACGGAGAUAUGGAACGUGCCCCUGCCAUCGCCUCUCAAUGUCAAGAAGUCAUCGCCUCCAAGGGUCUCAGCGAGCACGUCAUUCUCAAGGGUCUUGGUAACCCAUCGGUCGUCCUCCAGGAUGCUUGGCUGUUCAUGAACUCCUCCAUCUCAGAAGGUCUCCCGCUCGCCAUGGGUGAAGCUGCUCUAACAGGUGUCCCAGUCGUCUGCACAGACGUCGGUGCCUCCUUCUGUGUCGUAACAGACAGAGCAACAGGCAAACGAUUCAGUGAAGUCGUCGCACCAAAUGACUACGACUCUCUCGCUCGUGCCCAAAUCCGCGUCAUGGCUCUACUCGAACAAUGGGCUCCCUUCGCCGAAGACAAAGAAGGAGAUCUAGUACCCAAGCUGGAAUUCCACCCCACCCCCGAAGAGAUUCAGGCCAUCACCGACCGCAUGUACGCGAAGCAGGAGCAGCGUCGUGCACUGGGAAUGAAAGGUCGUGAUAACGUUCUCAACUCUUUCUCCAGUCACCGGUACCUCCGUGAGCACGAACAGAUGCUUUGGCUGGGUAAAUACCAGAGCCAUAGCUACAUUGCUCGGACGGCGCUUAACUCGGGCGCUUCAAGUGGUCUGUUUGUUAAGGAGAAGAAGAUCUCUUUCCGGGCUUCUUACCUUUCUUCCACGCCUACUCUUCCAAGGACUCCGGAUUCGUCGUAUCACCCCAUCCCUGCUAGGGCAUGGAGGGCGUUGCGCGAUUAUCGACAGGGUGGAACGUCUGGAACUCAGACGCCGGUUUCACUGGCGUAG